CUGUCACAUUGCCACCGGCCGGUCGCCUACCCUCCUCCUCUUUCUCUGGCCACAGCCCGUUGCCCGCGGCCUCGGGCGAAGUUUAGUUGCAGCCCCGGAAGCGUCCCCAAGUCCCUCCCGAGCGGCAGCGGCGGGACCAUGGAGAAGGGCCCGGUGCGAGCGCCGGCGAAGCCGCGGGACCCCAGGUGCAGCAACGGGUGCCUGGAGGGGGAGCCGCCGCGGCCCGGGCCGAGCCGGCCCGCCGAGAAGUCGCCGCGGCUGGAGACCAGGAGAGCCCAGCGGGGGGACGGCUGGAAGGUCGACGGGCCCCGCAGCGAGGAGGACAACGAGCUGAACCUCCCCGACCUGGCAGCCGCCUACUCGUCCAUCCUGCGCUCGCUGGGUGAAGACCCCCAGCGGCAGGGGCUGCUCAAGACGCCCUGGAGGGCGGCCACGGCCAUGCAGUUCUUCACCAAGGGCUACCAGGAGACCAUCACAGAUGUCCUGAACGAUGCUAUAUUUGAUGAAGAUCACGAUGAAAUGGUGAUUGUGAAGGACAUAGAUAUGUUUUCCAUGUGUGAACAUCAUCUAGUUCCAUUUAUUGGAAAGGUCCAUAUCGGUUACCUUCCUAACAAGCAAGUCCUUGGCCUCAGCAAACUUGCGAGGAUUGUAGAAAUCUAUAGCAGAAGAUUACAAGUUCAAGAGCGCCUGACGAAACAAAUUGCCGUAGCAAUCACGGAAGCCUUGCGACCUGCUGGAGUCGGGGUGGUGGUUGAAGCAACGCACAUGUGUAUGGUCAUGCGAGGGGUACAGAAAAUGAACAGCAAGACGGUGACCAGCACGAUGUUGGGUGUGUUCCGGGAAGAUCCAAAGACUCGGGAAGAGUUUCUCACUCUUAUUAGGAGCUGAACUUUCCGUGUGUGCCCCGUGCUCUGCAGAUCACGCCUCUAGCAGCGUUGGUUGUCUGGUCUCUGGUCUUCAUCGUCCGUACAAUUCCGUUCUCAAUCGUCAACAGACGUGAAACUUACUCCUUGUCAUUAAUUGUGUUUAAUAAUUAUUUAUUGCAAGUCAAAUAAAAAUAAUUUUAAUAAAGGGGCAAGCCCUCUACUUUCUUCUCGCCACCGUAUGGUGGUAACAUGUAAGCACACUGCCAAUAGCGUGAAGUUAUAUGCACACGACCACUGCCGUUCAGACUCCCGGGGAUGCUGGCAGAGAGAAGAACUCGUGUGUUUUGUUCAGAUAGUCUGAUUAUUUGGUUCACAAGUGUAGGAGUGUUGGGAAUGGGAGAAAACUAUGGCCAAUAUACUGCUUUUUCACUCCCCAAACAAAAAUGGUAUAGUGCUCACAAUAUGUUAUCACACGGUGUGCAGCACAGCUCUGCAAAUCCCGUCCACCAGGCUCCACUUUACCCACUAGUGACACUUUACUUUUUAUAUAUUUAUUUUUUAAUUGUCUAGUUGUAGUGUUAGUUACCAAGGCAAGGUGGUGCAAUAUGUGUUGUUGUUGUUGUUGUUGUUGUUUUUACUGUGAGUUGAAAAGGCACAUUUCUACCUUCUAUUCUUUUUAAAAUUCAUAUGUAGGGAAUCAGUUCCUGGAGCUGUUUACGAGUGUAUUCUCACGUCAACAUGCAGGGAUUGAGACAUUUAACUCUCUGUGCCUUGAUGAGAAUAUCACACCAUUUGGAGUGUAGAUACCUUUGCCUUUAUUUAAAAGCCAUUAUUUUAUAAGACUUAGUAGUGACACUGCAAAUAACUAGUCCUUGAAGUUCUACCUUUUGAAGUUUUUUGGGAGCUUCCUUUGUGUGUUUCUUGCAGAUGCCUCAAAACUUUUUUUUUUUUUUAAAUCUUCUCAAUAGUUCUUCUAAAUAUUCCAGAAACUUUUGAGUGGUCAUCACGUUCAGGUCCACAGAACCAUAGCUUCCGUGAACAUGAGAGAAUGCAGAAUGAACGAACUGUGGACUGCAUUCUAGCCGUACCUAGUGUCUAAGGACAACUACAGUGUUGGUGUCUGUGAAAAUGCACCAUCAUCUUCUGGAAUCACUGGGAAAUACCGGAAACCCCCAUCGCAGUUUCCCUCGAGGCCCGUGAGGGUCUUGUCUUUAGCAUAACUGCUCAAGAGGUCCACGUGAUUUUGUCUAGGAAGCUGUUGCCUUAUUAAUUAUUAUCUUAAAGUUUCCUCUACUGGGGCAGUGUGGGCCAAAUGGAAACAAACAAAAUAACUCCCCAGCAAAAACACAAACACAAUUAAUUAUUCCACGGAGAAGCCUCUUAUUGGGCUAAUCUAAUGCUCCUCAAAUGUAUUCCAUUACCUUAAGAAUUAACUACAGUGCUUGCUUUAACUUCGCUGGUCCUAUCUCUGCAACUAUGAUUCACUUUGUUUGGCUUAUGAUGAGACAAAAUGGCAGAAAUUAAAAAAAAAUGCCAAACUUCUGUUUCCUCUAUUUUUCUAUGUUUGAAGUUUCUUAAGUACAGUGGUGGUUGAUUUUGAGUUUUAUUUUUAAAUCAAAACUAAUAUAAACAUUAUUCUGCUUAAUAUUUAGACCUUUAGAAGUAGAAUUAAGCACUCAACUCAUGUUUGGUAUUUUAAAGUAAAAACAGGUGUGACUUGGAGGACCAAAGAAAUUGUUAGCUAUACGUCUAUCUUUCUGAGAUCAGUUGUAUUCCUUUUCUAAUGACUCUUUGCUCUACCAUUCCCUAGAAGUGUUAUCACAAAGGUCUAAUGUAUCCACAGGCUGUUGUCUUAUUGGUAAAUGCAAAGUAAUUACCUUGUUUGUUUUACUCUGGUCUAUAGUACUUUAAAAUGACCUUUUCCUGUCCAUGACUUUGAGUCCAUUUUGGGGACUUUUAACACUGUUAAUUACAUUG